AUGCAAUCCCUCCCCUCCGAAACCCCGGCGACGCUGCCGGCAGACCCGAUCCUGGUCAAGCUACUCCAGGCAUCCCGGACAACUACUGAGCCCAUCAUCUUCGAUGACUAUGGCUACACGAAGUCCUAUCCGCAGCUUUUGUUUGAUGUUGUUCGUACUUGGGAAUCUCUGAAACAAGCUCUUCACCCUUCAGCCCUAGAUGCCCGCGGCCUUGUGCGGCAAGAGCGCCCUUAUAUUGCUGCUAUAACACGCGGAGGAUACGAAUUCAUCGUUGCCUUUUUCGCUAUUCGAGCCCUUGGUGGCGCCUGUAUUCCGCUUGCCCCUGGUAUCCUCCCCGUGGAAGCCCAGCACUACGUGUCAAUCGCAGAGUCUCCCGCCCUCCUCACCGGAGAAUCCAACAUCCAGCACGCCACUGUCGGAGCGUAG